CCGCGAUGUUUUGAAACUGUUCAACGUUUGACCAUUUUCAAAUUACUACACACUGUGUUCAGCGAAAUCCGCUUUUAAAUCAGUUGUAUUUCUCGUUGAACUGUAUAAAACGUAUUUAACACGCAUUGUACAAAUCAAGUGAAAUUAACCAUUUGAAAAGGGAGAUUUACUAGCGUGCUAACUAACUAGCCAGUUGUCUAGGAAACGGAAACGCGCAAACUAAAAACGCAGGAUGUGACUCACUAGCCAACAAUUUCAACUUAAGAAACUUUUCUUGGCGACCAUGCUGCGGUUUGUCAGCGAUAAAGACGGCCAAUCUUUAGACAUUUAUUCUGAUGAUGAAGAUAAUGCUGCAUUAGCAGGAAGAAGAAACAUGUCGGAGGAAACGAAUGCAGCUUCACGUGAAAGCAGCGCAGCGCCUGGGCGGCAACCCUUACGCCAGCGGUACUGGAAAGACACACACCUGUGGCCCGCUCGAAUAGUCGCUGUGCUAUGCAGCGUAGUCAUCGUCUCAUUCAUCGCUGUGCUAAUCUCCUUUUUGUACAUCGUAUUAAAAGAUCUAAGAGCAGAGAGGAUAACCACUGAAGAUGGAUCAGAAGUGAGACUCCUGGGUUUUUGGAGUAUUUUGGUGUUGUCUUCUGUGGCUGGAGUUCUUUGUUGUAGCUUCUCCUGGACCCUAACUUACUUUGACUCCUUUGAGCCAGGAAUGUUUCCCCCAACUCCUCUUUCUUCAGCCAGACUCAAGUGAGCAUGUUUUAUCUCUUUGCACAAUUAAAUCAACAAACCUUAUUCUCUAAAGCACAACCAUGUAGCACACUGUCAAUUUUUUUUGUUCCCGAUAUAGUUCUGCUCAUAAUUUUGCAUAACCCUUGCAGAAUAUGCAAGAUGUUGAUCAUUUUAGCAAUAUAAGGGGGAAUAAAAAUUGCAUGUUAUUUUUGUUCUGUAGUA